AUGGCUACUGCGAAGAUAGGACUCGGAGUGGCCACUGUUCCCACUCACCGAGUCACCACUGCCGCCGCUCUUUCCUCCGCCGCAAGUCCUCCGCCUCACCGUUUCAUCUUCAUCAAUUCACGCCGCUCCAUCCGAACUCGUCUUUCUUCUCUCACACUCCGAGCCUCUUCCGAGACUCCUCCUACCUCCUCCUUUGUCGCCUCGCCAGGAAAAGGAGUUGAGAAUGUGGUAAUUAUAGGUUCAGGUCCUGCGGGAUACACAGCAGCAAUAUAUGCUGCACGAGCCAAUUUGAAACCUGUAGUGUUUGAGGGUUAUCAAAUGGGUGGUGUUCCUGGGGGACAAUUGAUGACUACAACUGAAGUAGAGAACUUUCCAGGAUUUCCAGAUGGGAUUACUGGACCUGAUCUAAUGGACAGGAUGCGACGGCAGGCUGAACGUUGGGGAGCAGAGUUGCAUCAUGAAGACGUUGAAGCUAUUGAUGUGAAUAGUAGUCCUUUUACUAUCCAAAGCAGUGAACGUAAGGUAAAGAGCCAUACUGUAAUAUUUGCUACUGGAGCAACUGCAAAACGACUUAGGCUACCCAGAGAAGAUGAAUUUUGGAGUCGAGGAAUUAGUGCUUGUGCAAUUUGCGACGGAGCAUCACCUCUCUUUAAGGGUCAAAUUCUUGCUGUUGUUGGAGGGGGGGAUACAGCUACAGAGGAAGCGUUAUACUUGACAAAAUAUGCUCGUCAUGUUCACUUACUUGUACGCCGGGACCAACUAAGGGCUUCUAAAGCUAUGCAAGAUAGAGUGUAUGACAAUCCAAAUGUCACCGUGCACUUCAAUACAGAGGCCGUGGAUAUUGUAAGCAAUACAAAAGGACAAAUGUCUGGCAUUUUAGUAAGGAAGCUGGAUACUAGGGAGGAGUCUGUGCUUGAGGCCAAAGGGCUAUUCUACGGCAUAGGCCAUUCACCAAAUACCCAACUGUUGAAAGGCCAAGUUGAACUUGACCAGUCUGGCUACUUACUUGUUAAAGAGGGCACUGCAAAAACUUCAGUUGAAGGUUUAUUUGCUGCUGGAGAUGUGCAGGACCACGAAUGGAGGCAAGCCGUAACUGCUGCUGGAUCUGGAUGCAUUGCAGCUUUAUCAGUUGAGAGAUAUCUCGUCAGCAGUGGUCUUCUUAUUGAGUUCCAUCAGCCAAAACAUGAAGAGGUUAAGAAGGAACUAACAGACAGGGAUGUUCACGCGGGCUUUGACAUUACACUUACAAAGCAUAAGGGGCAGUAUGCUCUGCGAAAAUUGUAUCAUGAUAGUCCAAGGCUUAUAUGUGUAUUAUACACAUCACCAACAUGUGGUCCAUGUCGGACACUGAAGCCAAUCCUUAGUAAGGUAAUUGAUGAAUAUGAUCAGAGUGUACAUUUUGUUGAAAUUGAUAUAGAGGAAGAUCCAGAAAUAGCAGAAGCAGCUGGAAUCAUGGGUACUCCGUGCGUGCAGUUUUUUAAAAACAAGGAGAAUCUUAAGACUGUUUCAGGCGUUAAAAUGAAGAGAGAAUACCGAGAAUUCAUCGAAGCGAAUAUAUAG